AUGUUAAGCACUCCAUUGCUUCAGUUGUCACCAGAUAUUUUGAUCGAGAUCGGUAGCUAUCUUGAUUCUGAAGACUUGCUUCAUCUAAUUAAAACUUGCAAGCGGCUUCAUCUUGUAUUUGAGAACAAAGCAGUUUGGCUUAGAUUAUGUAGACGAAUUGAAGGAUUGGUAACCAUUGACGUACCUGAAAAAGCAGACUAUAAAAGACUAUAUUUAAGAUGGAAGAAGAAAGGAUAUAUUUAUACCUGGGGAGAAAAAAGCUGGAAUCGUUUGGGGCGAUUGGUAAGUCAUACACAUUUUCCCCAUCACAAGCCCAUUGCCUUAACGGGUUCGUAUUCAGUGAAGGCUGUUCAAAUAGAAGUUGGUGGCUAUGGAAUAUUUUUACUUAACGAGGACGGAAGAUUAUCUAUAACUGGAAAAAGGACAAAUUCAAUUUCGCAGGUAGUUUCAGAGUUGGAUUUUGUAUAUUCUAUUCAUGCUGGCCGUGAUUACUGCUUGGCGAUGGCCGAUGAGGGGAAUCUAUGGCAAGUAGGCGUGAACUCUACAUUGUGUUUGACAAAGGAUAACGUUUUGUCAGAUUAUAAAGGAAGAUUUACCAUUUUUCGUAGUGGUUGGGACUCUCUUUCAGUUUUUGUUCCGCAAGUGGGCUUUUUAUUAUGGAAGACUGGAAUGGAACUUGAGCCUAUGGUGUACAAAAUUUAUCGCGGGCAAGAAAUGGUAAAUGUUUCCGAUUACGUACUUUGUGCUGGUUUUCUUGUUUUCACGACAAAGAAUGAAUCUUUGGUUUUCCGUGUAGACCUAGAUGGGAACUAUGAAAAGCAAGCAAAAGAACUCAAGAAUUUUCGAAUCCCUGAAGAAAGCGGCCCAUGGAAGCUUUUCGGGAACUUCCGUACCUUUAGUUGUCUUUCCAAAAAUGGAAACACGGUAUACAUGGGGAAUGACUCUACGAAAGAAUCAGAUGCCAAGCCAAUUGUUCACGAAUUUUUACAAAACAAUGGUAUAAACAAGCUAGCUCAUGGUGAUUAUCAUCAUCUUAUGUUAAAACAGGACGGAACAGUUUGGUCUUGGGGAAUGGAAUUAUCGAAUUGUGGUUCUCUAGGUUUAGGAACUUUAUAUAACCAAAUUGGGGACGACGUUUUGAUUGAUGUGCGAGGACGAAGAGUGACAGUGCUUAAACCUCAAAGGGUAUCUUUGAACGCAACUUGUAUCUCAAUCGCAGCGGGCGGUUGGCAAAGUGCAAUGAUGGCAAUUUCUGACAAGAUUUUGCCGGAUGCAAUGGAGCCUGCGAGGAUGACCAGCCUAUCCUUGACGCAUCCAAGUGUUCCUGUGUUGCAUUUUCUGCGAAGCAGACGUACUGACUAG